GCACAUUACUACAGUUGCGAGAAAUUUCAGUGACAUAUGACAUUGCAAAUCGUUUCGAAAACUUUUCUGUGAAAUAUAUUCCGAUUCAGCUCAAGUACUAAAAUAGUAAACGACGAAAGAGUAAAUGUAGAAGCAAAUCUUUAGAAAAAUUCAUUGUGAUUUGAGAGAAAAGUUGAAAUAAGCUUAGAAAAUCUGAACAAGCCGGCACCGACCUACCUGACUACUGGAUUUCCACGAGUUCGUGCGACGUUUCGUGUGUGUGAGCAUUUGCGGUGCGACGGCCAUAUCUUUACUGUUUUUUGUCAAUAAUCAAAGAAAAGCAACAAAAUGGCAGUAAAUGUUUAUUCAACAAAUGUGACAAGUGAUAACCUCUCUAGACAUGACAUGCUAUCAUGGGUGAAUGACUGUUUACAGGCUCAAUUUGGCAAAAUUGAGGAAUUAUGUACAGGGGCAGCAUAUUGUCAAUUCAUGGACAUGUUAUUCCCUGGCAGUGUGCAGAUGAAGCGCGUAAAGUUCCGUACGAAUCUCGAACAUGAAUACAUUCAAAAUUUCAAAGUCUUACAAGCUUCCUUCAAGAAAAUGAGUGUGGAUAAAAUUAUUCCGGUGGAUAAAUUAAUCAAAGGACGAUUUCAAGAUAAUUUCGAAUUUCUGCAAUGGUUCAAGAAAUUCUUUGAUGCAAACUAUGACGGGCGUGAGUAUGAUCCUUUAGCAGCCCGUGGUGGGAUACAGCUGGGACGAAAUGCGGUGCAGAACGAAUUAGGAACUGGCGGAGGUCAUAUCGAGAAACAACAUCGCUCUCAACAUUCUAUUAAAGCGUCGAAUAUGCCGGCCAUGCGGACUUUGAAUACAGGCACCGCGAAAAUUCCACCAAAAACCAUGACCGCUCCAACACAUACAGCAAAAACUACUACGAAUGCUACGAAGAAAUCAGCGGGAGAUAGUAAUGCGACGAAUAAUUCUGCAACAUCUCAACAAAUUGAAGAGCUUUCCAAUCAGAUUAUGGAUAUGCGUUUGAAUUUGGAAGGAUUAGAAAAGGAACGUGAUUUCUACUUUAGCAAACUGAGGGAUAUUGAGAUUUUAUGUCAAGAUGUUGACGAUGCGGAACCUAAUCCCCUGGUACAAAAAAUUCUGGACAUUUUGUAUGCAACAGAGGUCGACAAAACGAUCCGGAACCAGGACGGCUUUGCACCCCCAGACGAACUACCAGCGGAGGAUGAGGAAUACUAAAAGAAAGUUGAGUUAUUGUAUUUAGUCAGAAUGCAAAGUUGGUUAAGCAGUUUGUUGUAAAACCAGGAACAAUUUAUUGAUGAUGAUCUUACAUCGAAUACAUUUCUCAUUUAUGUAACGUUUAAUGAUCAAAAAUACGAUUAUACUUUUAUAAAACUAUUCAUUUACGCCGAUAUUCAGUGAAUAUUUAUUACUGAUUUGUAAUGAAAAUGGAGAAAAAUAUUCAGGACGUUUUCUUUGUAACAAUAAUCGAGAGAUUAAAAUAAAAACUAUUGUAAUUGGUUUUCUUUAUUAAGUUGAUGUUUCAUGUCAAUCAUAUCGCCGCAGUGCUGUGCAGACGUGUGACUGCAUUUCGACAUAAUCAAUAUAGAUCGCUUUCAGUAUCGUAUAAUGUUUUUCUUGCUUUUUACGUUGUCCCUUUGAAUGAGAAUCUCAAAUUGCCCCCGAUUUAUUGCUUUUUAUCUGCACUACGCUGUGGUUAUCUCUGUACUUUCUCUCUUAUUAUAGUUGUAUUUGCAUUUACGAUGUAAUGUGCUCCUUUCUAAAAAUAUAUAUAUAAAAUAUUUCUAAAGUAA